GCGGCGUACAAUUCGCACCGUCUUCCUCACUACCACCAUCACCCUCCCCCCAUCAUGUCGAGCCGAUUCUUCCGCAGCACCAGCGACUCCGAGUCGUCUGAGUCUGGCUCAUCCUCCGACGAGGAGGUCAUGAGCGACUCCGAUGAGGAGCAGCAGAAGAAGUCGCAGGACAAGAAGAAGAGCACCGACAAGCCAGCUGCAUCAUCUGGAUCAGCAUCAGCCUCAAAGGCAGCACCCGCCGCUGGAGGAGCAGCAAAGAAGAGUCGCUUCCUCAAGUCGGCAGAUAGUGACAGCUCUGAGUCCUCCUCGGAAGAAGAGGAGGACAUGAGCGACUCGGACGACAGCGACGAUGACGAUGAUGACGACGACGAUGACUCGGACGACUCUGAUGCGCCCGCAAAGAAGACGGCCGCAAAGGGUGGAGCCGCACCUGCCAAGAUGUCGCGCUUCAUGCGCGGAGGAGACGACUCGGACAGCGAUAGUGAUGAUGGAGAGAGGCGUACUGUAAUUCGUUCAGCGAAGGACAAGAGGAUGGACGAGGUGGAUGCCGUUGUCAAGACGAUUGAGAAUGCGCAGAGGAUCGAUGAUUGGGUGGCCAUUUCCAAGGAAUUCGACGGCCUCCUCCGCCUUCACGACCGCCAAAAGACGAUGACCGAGUCUGUUCCCGUCUCCUUCUACCGCUGCCUCUCCGGCCUUGAGACGUUCCUCAAUGAGUCGGUUGCAGCAGGCAAAGGCAAGAAGAUGAAGGCGCCCAACGCAAAGGCCAUGAACGGCAUGAAAUCGAAGCUCAAGAAGGCCAAUAAGGACCACGAAGAGGCACUGCAGCGCUACAACAAGGACCCAGAGGCAUUUGAGGCUGAGUUCGUUGCUGCCAAUGCACCCGUCAAGGCUGCACCGCCCGCUCCCAAGGCUGCUUCGUCUGCUGCUCCGACCUCGACGGCUGCCGCUGGUGGUGAGCAGGAGGAUGACGCUUUCCAGACUGUGGGCAAGGGCGGUCGCGCUCUCGCCAUUACAUCAGAGGGCCUCUUCAAGUCCCUCGCUGCCGUCAUGGAGGCUCGAGGACGCAAGAGCACCGAUCGCUCUGAGCAGGUGGCCAUCCUCUCGAAGCUGCUGGGCGUCGCCGAGUCGACCUACCAGCGCCUCCGUGUCCUCCUCGCCCUCAUUGCUGCUCGUUUCGACUACAACUCGUCAGCCAACGCCUACAUGCCCCUCGAGAUGUGGAACGCAGCCCGCACCGAGGUCGAUCAGCUCAUUGCUACCCUGGUCGCCGACCCGUCGUACGUUGUCAAGGAGGAGACGGAGGACUACGAUGACUCCAUUGACCGUGUUCCCAACCAGGAGGGCGAGGGCCCCGUCGUUGCUGUGCGCGGCAGCAUCAUCUCCUUUGUUGAUCGACUGGACGACGAAUUCACCAAGCACCUGCAGAACCUCGACCCUCACUCGACGGAGUACCUGGAGCGCCUCCGUGACGAGCGAUUGCUCUACGCCACCAUCGUGCGCGCACAGACCUACCUCGAGCAGGCCGUUCGAAUCAGCGCCGCUACGGCGCAGGACGCCCUUGCUCGUGUCAUCAUGCGUCGCCUGGAGCACGUCUACUCGAAGCAGUCGAUCAUCAUUCAAGCCCUUGAGCAGGCGAGUGCAGCCUCGCAGAAGGAAGAUGCAGAGAAGCUCGCCCAAGUUUCAAGCUUCCCCAUGGGUUCGGCAGUCUCUUCCUCUUCCACGGGUCCUGCUCAGCUGGUUCGCAGCCUGUGCGUGCACCUCUACAAGGCUCCCGGCCUCGCUGGUGAGCGUUCUCGCACUCGCGCAAUGCUCUGCCACAUCUACAACACGGCACUGCAUGCCGACUACUACGUGGCGAGAGACAUGCUUCUCAUGUCUCACCUCCAGGACUCCAUCUCCCUUGCGGAUGCAGCGACUCAGAUUCUCUACAACCGUGUUGUCGUCCAGAUUGGGUUGGCAGCGUUCCGCGUCGGUCUGGUCAAGGAGGCUCAUGCUGCGCUCUCGGACAUCUUUGCUACGGGCAGGGUGAAGGAGCUUCUCGCCCAGGGUGUGCAGCGACCGAGCGCUUAUGCUUCUUUGUCGCCCGAGCAAGAGAAGUUGGACAGGCAGCGUCAACUCCCCUUCCACCUGCACAUCAACCUCGAGCUCCUCGAGUCUGCCUACCUCGUCUGCUCCAUGCUCCUCGAGGUACCGCACAUGGCUCGCGCAGGCUCUGACCCUGACCAACGUCGCCGCGUCCUGUCUAGGCCCUUCCGCCGCAUGCUGGACUACACCGACCGCCAAGUCUUCUCGGGCCCUCCCGAGUCGGCUCGCGACCACAUCAUGCAGGCGACCAAGGCUCUCCAGGUGGGCGAGUGGCGCGAGGCUGUCCGCCUCGUCAGCGAGAUCAAGAUCUGGAAGCUCCUCAGCAGCGUCGAGACACCCGCCGCCGCGGGAAGCAGCGCUGCUCCUUCCUCCCGCGGAGGCGAGGAGUCGGUCAAGGCUCUCCUUGCUCGCCGUAUCCAGGAAGAGGGGUUGCGCACCUAUCUGUUCAGCUACAAUGCCUACUACUCGUCGGUCAGCCUGCAACACCUGGCGUCCACUUUCGACCUGCCCCUCGGUGCAGUGCGCUCCAUCGUGUCGCGCAUGAUCUGGCUCGAGGAGAUCGCUGCCAGCUUGGACAGCGGUGCUGGCGGGCAGCCGGUGGUCGUGCUUCACCGCUCGGAGGCGUCGCGUGUGCACCAGCUGGCACAGACCCUGGCGGAGAGGGCGAGCAGCAUGUUGGAGCAGAACGAGAGGCUGCUCGAUGCCAAGCUUGGAGACGGACCUGGGGGCCAGGCAGGAGCUGCUGGUGCUGGUGGAGCGGGUAGAGAUCGUGAAGGAGGCGCGCAGCGUGGUGGUGAGGAGAGGAGGAGAGAGGGUCGCAGAGGUGGAAGGGGUGGACGUGGUGGUGGAGGACGUGGACGCGGCAGGACACAAUUCCAGGCUCUGCCGGGCCAGGUGGCUACUGGGAGGGCGUAGAGGGGCCACUGUCUACGACUCCAUCCUAUCUACCGUCUUCGCUAUCAAAAUCAUUUCCUAGCUUCUAUCCAGAACUUGUGG